CGUUCUCGCCGCUUCCCAUUUCUCCCAUUCCAUUCCCGAAGCAUUCACAAGUUCCCACGACGACAACAAACCCCCCAGCAUCGCACAGACAGCAUUACACACCGCCGACAGACAUAUUCGGAGAGCCUAGAGCGCACCUGUUGUCCCCAACUCACCAGAAAUAUGCGCCACUCAUUCUUCGCUUGCCGUUGGCGUCGGCGGCGACAACAGCUUACGAUGAUCUCCGCCAUCUUGCCCUUCCUCCUCCUCCCCUCAGCAACCGCGACAGCGACACCCAAAUUCUCGACGUCGGGCUUGUUUGAUGUGCAGGUGGAGCUGGGGGAGGGUGUGGAUGGGAUGAUUGCUGCGUUCGGGGAUGUCAACGGGGAUAAAUUCACGGACAUAUUCACGCUAAACACAGCGCAGACGCAUGUGGUCGCGCAUCAAUGGGAUCAUGGCAGCUUCAAAUUCCGCAAAAUCCUAAACUCCGAGCUCAGUUUUGACCCGCAAAACCCCACCGCCGUCACGAUUGUUAAUGUCGUUCCGGGGGACUACAACUACGACGGCAAGCUCGAUGUGCUCUUGAUGGGGCAGAAGACCGCGGGGGCGGAUCAGAUAGAAAUGCGCGUGUUCUACGGGGACGGGAUGGGUGGAUUCAACGCGAGCAGCUUCAUGCCUCUAGAUCCAGCGACGCAUUUACAACCGUUCGCGGCCAACUACGACGGCACGAUGAAGCCGCAGUUCUUGGGGCAGGCGGCAGGCACCAAGGCGGGGAUGCUUGCCCUGUGGUCGCCGGUCGAUAACGGUGCUGUGAGUUCAGUCGCACUCAAUAGUACCACCACGAGCAUGUGCAAGUUGAAAGACCCGCAUUCGAAUGCGUUCGUGGAUUUCAACGGGGAUUGUAUGGCUGAUCUAUUCCUGACCUGCGACGACGGAAGUUUCCAAAUAUGGCUGAACACAGAUACCAACGGCUUCACGUUCUCGCAAGCGGGGAAACUGCCCGCGCACGCUGGGCAGGUCACGUUCGCCGAUAUAGACGCGGACGGCACAAUCGACAUGGUUUUCCCAACCUGCGUCGACUGGGGCGGCGACUGUUUCAUUCAUGUGGCGUACAACCAGCAGAUCCCGCUGUGCGCGGCAGGCGACGACGGGACACACUGUCGCGAUCCGCAUAACCUGUGCACGGCGGAUGAUAAGUUUACUUUCGAUUUCACUGAGGAUUCAAAGGCCUAUGUAAAACUCCCCCUCUCCCCCCUCCUCCCCAAAGACCGUCUCGUCCUCACUCUAGCCCCCGUAAAAUCCCACCCCCCCAUUCCCCUCCGCAUCGGCGACUUCAACAACGACGGGUACCCCGACCUCCUCGCCUCCACCACCAACGGCGUGCGAUUACUACGGUCGGUGCCCUGUCACGGCGACGUGUGCGGGAAUAAGGCGACUGACGCGGGACGACGCGCAUUUGAGGUUGUGCAGGGCGCGGAGGUGUUGGCGGGGAAGGGCGCGGAGGGGGCUUUUGCGACUUUUGUGGAUUUGGAUGAGGAUGGCACGCUGGACAUCCUCGUCUCGACCGUCACCAAAGGCGUAUACCACACCCAUGCCAUUUUCAACAACUUCUAUAACGACGCGUUCUUCUUGAAGGGGCUUGUAUCCAACGGCGUAUGCCCCGCUUGGUGUCCAACCGGGGAUAGAUUUCCGUCUCCUAAGCCAUAUGGAGUAAACUACGUCGGCGCGAGUUUCAAAUACACUGUAUUCGACACGGCCGGAAGGCGGCGGGCAACUCAAGCGGCUCAACUCCCGCAAUCCUCCUACUUCUCCCUCCAAACGCCCUACGCCCUCUUCGGCCUCGGCCGCACCAACAACUACAUCGAGGACCUCUUUGUCGGCGUGUCCCGCCGCAAAGGCAAGAUAUCCCAUGUCGGCACGUUUCAGGGCGUUAUUCCGAAUAGCCAGUUGGUGGUUAUUCCGUAUGAGGAGGAUGAGGGGGCUGGGCCGGGGAGUUGGAUCCUUGAACUCUACAUCAACCCCUCCUCCGCCUCCUCCUCGGUUCUGCUCGUCCUCUGCACGUCGCUCGCGCUGCUCGCGUCAGUUGUGGGCGUCCUGCAUUGGACGGAGAAGAGGGAGGAUGCGAAGGAACGACGGCGGGCGAGGCAUGCGAUUAAUUUUGAUGCGUUGUAGAAUGGCACUUGUGGACUGUGGGGCGGGGCUUUUUGGGUCUGGUAUCAUGUAUGUAUAUACAUUCCGGCCAGCCGGGGGUCAUCUCUCAACCGGAAAAGAGCUGGGGUCCGUUCAAAAAUCCCGCAUAGCUGCUACUCUCCCCUUGCAGUCCGAUAAGUUCGAGGUUCGUGCGUACCAUUCGCCGGGCCGUUUCGGUCGGGACUGGCGCGGGUGCGGCGAGCGUAACGCUUAUGCGCGCAUCACACGCAAAAUGGCGUUCACCAUCCCAUGUCAUUCUGCAACCGCAUUUGCAUCCCCCACCGUCCUGCCGGCCCCUCUCGACCUGCAACCGAAUGCUUCACCUUGCGCUCCAUCCGUUUUGCCUCUUUGGCACCACAUCUGCAUUCCUCCGUCCUCACCCCGCAACCGACUGCUCAACCCCCUUCUCUAUCCGUCCCUCCACCCCCUGCCCCGCCCUCGCCCCC